AUGUCUUCAAGUAAUCCGCCCGAAGCGGUUGUACCCGAUCUGAACUCAUCUACCGUAUCAGCAGCGGCAGGCGCAGACGCGAACUCUGUCGCAAUGCAACAACAAGAACAACAACAAUCUGCGACACCCCCUCCGAUCCUACCUCCCCAAGAGCAGAACCUCUCAAGCGACAUAGUCAUGGCCGAUGCUCCUGAAAUACCUGCUUCAGCAGCAAUUAUUUCCAACCCGGCGAAUGAGUCUCCAGCAGUCAUUUCCAACCCGGCGAAUGAGUCUCCAGCAGUCAUUUCCAACCCGGCGAAUGAGUCUCCAGCAGUUGUUUCCAACCCGGCGAAUGCCCCAAGCCCAAUUCCUGCCAGAGUCGGAACUCCCUCACGCACCACUAAUGGCACCGAUGUUGCUUCUCGUGCCCCGUCCCAACACCCCGAGCCUUCCUCCACGGUCCCAAAGGAAGCUCCUUUACAUGGUGCACCCGUAAGACAAUACAUGAACAGCAAGGUGACGGGUCCUGUCAUGGAUGGAAUGAAGGUUCUUGCCAAAGAGCAACCACGGGAUCCUUUGCGCGUGUUGGGCGAAUACUUGUUGCAGAGAUCGAAGGAACUGGAAGGAACAUGA